AACCAAACCAUUGCUCCUAUUCUUAUCUCUCUAUUAUGUACAAUCACCAUGUACGCUGCUGCUGAAUCACCAUCACCUCAACUGUCUUUUGCUCAACGAAAACACCGAAAUGAAACCUUCAAAUGCUUCGUAUUGUCUCCCAAUGAACAAUACUUGAACCCCUUGUUUGCGGAACUCCUUCACCGGCACCAAAUGCAAUCAUCAAACGACCCUGAAUCUUCACGACCCAAACUUCCAACAAAACCACCGAAAACUUGCCCUCCUCCGCGGACACCCCGCAAAACGCGGACUACUCUUUCUUCUCCUACAACCGCAUCACCAUUCUCAACACCAACGGUAACAACUUCGACCAUGACGGAUGGCACACGAAAUACUUUUGGAACAACCUCAACGGUGGCAGCUGCAGCGACUCCUUCCACCGUAUCAUCCACGCCGGCCAAGGAAUUCACACCCACCUCUGUGCAGCAACGACUGAGUGCCAGCAAUCCUACUGCUCCUACAAGCGGUGGCGCCUCCGCAACGCCUCAACAGCAGACAUCGUCGCGCUAUGAUUCAUCCCUGGGCUUGUUGACAAAGAAGUUUGUAAGUCUUCUCCGGGGAUCGACAGGAAACACUUUGGAUCUCAAUCGAGCCUCCAUGGAGUUGGGUGUCCAGAAGCGACGAAUCUACGAUAUCACCAAUGUCCUAGAAGGUAUUGGUCUCUUGCAAAAACAAGGCAAGAACAAUGUCUGCUGGAAUGAAAACCCGCCUCAAACAUUCUCUCGCGCUGGAGAGAGCGAUGCCGACAAGGCGAAGCGCACUGAAACGAAACAGCGCCUAGAGGCGCUUCGGCAAACCGUUGAAAGCCUGCGUCAUCAAGAAAGUGAGCUUGAUAAGUACUUGGACUUUCUUUCUCGCCAAGCCGGAGUCUUUUCCCCAACGGGUGUUUCAGCAAGAACUGGUGACUACCCCAGUUACAUCCCGCUUGGAUUGGAAAAUGCCGCUCGGUACAUGUACGUCAUUUAUCAAGACAUUACAUCGCUACCCAUGUAUCGGUCCGACACCAUUAUUGGAAUCAAGGCUCCAUCGGGAACUUCCCUCGAAGUUCCAGAUCCGGAUCAAGGAAUGAGACCUGGUACCCGACGGUUCCAAAUGUACCUAAGCAGCCGGGGAGCGUACGGACCAGAUUCCAGAGGAGGUCCCAUCCAUGUCUACUUGAUCCGCCCCAAGGUUUCUGGACCUGGAGAUGCUCCUCCCGAGGAAGAGCCGCGAUACGAAGAUCGACCACGCCUGGAGUACGAUGACAGCCGACCCCGUUCUCGUCCCUCGGAUGAAGAGUCCGAAAAGCGAUCUUACUCUAGAAGCAAGGGAUAUGCCGAGCCAUCAUGGGAGCCGCCUCGCGAUCAUGGGUAUGGAAGUGAGCGGCGUCGAUCGGAAGACAAAGACGAGAAGAUGGAAGAGAUUCCAGAAGAGGAAGAAAACGAUGCCGAAAGCAAACCACCUGCAGCAUCGUCACCGACCAAGCAACGGGGUCGUUCCGCGUCCAAGAUGCCAAGAAGCACCCCGGAACGCCGGCCAGAGGCUGAAGGCUCCCCUCUCUUUGAUCGUAAGCACACGCCACGUAGCUUUCGAGACCAUCCUCGCGAUCAUUCGCCCGUGACCAGAGCCAUUAUGUACGAAGGAACUCCGCAGCGGUCCUCUCCACGAUCCCGGCACUACAUCCCUCAUGACGGCCACAGCCCGGCGCCUCUGACACCCCAUGGUCCUCCUUCGUUGGGUAUCCGAACUCCACAAAGUGCUCAGUUCGAUCUCAUGAACAUGCCAUUGCAAUCACCAAUGGCUCGUGGGCAUAGAAUACCGCCACGGGGUUACUUCAACUCUCCCGGUCCGGCACCGAUGCAUGGUGGUUUCAGCCCUCCUCCACCGGUUGGCCGCGAGUUCCUGCGUCCUGACAUGUUUGCUUCCCCGGCUGCUCCCAGAGGCGAUCAUCCUGACCGUGGCGAUCCCUCUGCUUUUGCGGGGCACUCGCUUGAAGAAGACCGAAGCAGCGCUUGGCGACAUUCCCCCGCCAGACGCGAUCAUCAUGGCCGCUGAAGGAUUGAAUCGAAACUUGUAUUUGCUGCUAUUUGUGUUUUUCAUUUGAGCCUUGGUUCCUGAGACGAAGGAUAUAUUUAUAUUUCUGUGUGACUCCCUAUACGUUCUAUCUUCUUUGUAUUACAUGUAAAUGCUUCACUGCUCUUCUACGAACUUUUCUUAUGCCACGAAUUACUUUUUAGCUUUUAUUUAACAGGUUUUCCAAGUUCCA